AUGGUUCCCUUCGGCUUCGGCGCCGUUUUUAUUCUCCGGUUCUUCCAAGGAGUCGCUGUCGCCACUUCGUGGCCUGCACUGGGUGCUAUUAUCGCCGAAUCGGCAAGUCUCCGAAAGUCUGGCACUUCUGUGGCUUGGACUUCAGCCCAUCUUCAACUGGCCCAGAUAUUCACGAUGCCCGUGGCCGGAGAGUUAUGCGAAAUUGAAUGGAGUUGGCCGGCGUUGUAUGUAUAAUACUUGCAGGGGACUGCGACUGUUAUUUGUUUUGCAAUGUUCUGGUGGUUCUUUGAAGAUUCUCCGAUCAUCCAUCGGUAAAAUUAGUUGCCGCAUUAUUGAUGACAUUACUUUAGAGAGGUCAGUGAAAAAGAGCUGGAAACUCUGCGGAAAAACAAAUUCGUUUUGGAGCUGACAGUGACAAUCAGAAGGUCCCAUAUAAGGAGAUUUUAACCGACCAGUCAGUUAUUGGAAUCCUGUUAUUAUUGUUCGGGACUACUUGGUGUUUACAAUUCUUUUAUCAGUAUGGCCCGGUCUUUUUGAACCAGGUAAAAUUUUGGCCAGAAAACUCUGCCGUCUGAUAUAUUUCCACGUAUCUUUAGGUCCAAGGUCUGGGCAUUCAGAAUGCGAGAUUUUCCGCCGCUUUUCCCUUCGUUAUCUCGACCGCUGUGAAGUCUAUUGUGGGCCAUUCAGUAAUAAUAUUCCGUAUGUUGGUGACAAGGGCGGACUUAUUAUACUUUCACCAGUAUCCUUGCACUCGAUAGGUGCUUUUUUCAUCACUCUGGCCUUUCCUUCGGCCGAACAGAAUAUUUUAUCGCAGGUUUUCUUCACCGUGGCCAUUGUUUCAAGCGGAAUGGAUUCUCCAAAAGUUGUCAAUUGGCAAGUUAUUUCUUGACUAUGUUUUUCAGCACUUCAGAAGUUCUUUUGCUAUUUUUUGACUCCUUACAAUAAAAUAAUAAUUUGUAUUACACUUCAAGAGCAGUGCCGGCCCCUCAGGAAUCACUGAAUCCAAGAGUCCCCCCAUGUCGAAAAUGACAGGUAAAUUAAAUUGAUCGCGUCCCGACAUUUCGGGUCAGGGACAGCUCGGGUCAAUGACAUUUCGGGUCAACCAUACCGUUUAACAUUUUCGCUUCGGGACUUGGGAGAAGGAUUUUUUGAAGAAUUUGAACAAAUUUUUGAAAUGAGCUCGCUUUUAUUUGCAUACAAUUUACGACUACCUUCUUACUCCACUCUCUGGCACUGUCUCUGUUUAAAUCCCGCGCUUCCAGUUAAAAACAUAAACAAUGGAUACGAUUUUCUUAUUUGCUCUUUGCUUAUGAACACUAUUUUCCUAAAAAUUUCAAAAAUAAACCUCAAUUCUCCAAAGAAUCCUUUCCCCAGUCCCAAAGCGAAAACGUUUCGAAAAUUUUUUCUAAUUAACCAAAAAAUUCUUUUUUCCCAGUCCCGAAGCGAAAGUAUUAAACGGUAUCGUUGACCCGACCUGCCGCGACCUGAGUUGUCCCUGACCCGAAACGGCGUAGCGCCAAAUUGAUUAGCGUCGAGGAGUCGAACAAACCGGAGCCGCAGAAGAAAAAACAGACCUAUCAAGCGAUGAUUGAAGAAGGAAUUGGGGAUCUGGAUGAGGCGUUUAGUUCGGAUGAUGAUGAAAUACCAAGAGAACUGCUUUUGUCGAAUUCUAGCAUCCAGAGAUCGGGCAGGUCAGAAGCUCCAGGCCCCUUGAAUCAACCUUCGACAUCGAGGUUUCGCAUGCGAAAAUUGUCAGGACUUGUGAACGCGCGUAGUACCACUAGUCGUUCCAGGAAGUGCGUAUACAUUUUUCGCGGCGCAUAGUCCAUUUUUCUUCUUUUUUUGCACCGUGCGAUUGUUGUCACGCGCGAAAAAUGCGCCGCGAUACAGUUUACAAGGAAAGUACUUCUAUGGGGUGUGGAGUUACAGGUCGAGAUAUAUAUCAAAAAAUUCGCAAAAAUUUUCUGAUUCAGAAUAUAUAAAAAUUAGCUGCCUAAUUUUGGUCUGAUGACAUGUUUUUGUCCUCAGAAGUUUUCUCGCGACACCAUUUCAAGUGUCUUUUUGACCGUGUUUUUACCAAUAAAAAAAUUUUGUUUUGUGCUAAAAUAAAUUCUGAGGCCUUGACAAGCCUUCAAAUAUCAAAUUGGAUUACAACUACACCUUAAAAGUAGUUUCAAUGUAAAAAAUGGGUUCUAGUGUGGCAAAAAGAACCGAACGCGUUCCCCUCGGAUUCCCAAUCUAGCGCUCUAACCACUCGGCCACACCGCUCUCUUCCGAAGGAAGAGACCGAGCGCGCUUUUGUUGCCGCAGAUUUUUCUCCUCGAGAAAUACAUUUAUUGAUAAAACUCGUUAAUAGACCAAAAUUAGGCAGCUAAUUUUUAUAUAUUCUGAAUCAGAAAAUUUUUGCGAAUUUUUUGAUAUAUAUCUCGACCUGUAACUCCACACCCCAUAGAAGUACUUUCCUUGCUAGAUAAAAAAAAGCCUACGUCGCUUCGACUUUCGAAAUGCACGUUGUAAAAGGUCAAGCGCACAGUGCGGAAAAAUUGCGGCGAAAGGUCCACGCACUUUCUGGAACGACUAGCACUCCAACCUCCAAACGUCCCUCGAACACCCGGCCGCCGGAUUCCGGGAACUUACCGAUCAGGAUCAGCUCACAGGGAAAGUUUACCCCGAAUGCGACGCUCAGAUUUUGACGAAACUUGGCACAAAUUUAGAACAAUUUUACAAAUUUAGAGUAAUUUUUUCCAAAAUAUAUGCGAGAAUUCUACAUCGCUCUUGGCAGAAACUACCGAGAUUUUUAGACCAAAAGCCGGCAAAAAUUUUAGACUUUUUGCCGAAUUUCAGCACGAAGAGUUUCACACAUAUUUGUAACAUAGAGGGUAAGGUUUCCACAAAAAAUCAAUUUUUUCCGCACAAAACUACAUGGCCAAAAGUGUUUUUCUGUUUGACCGCUCUCCACGUUUAGUGUGCUCUCUCGGUGGCAAAAAUCGUUCAAUAUCCCGGUGGCGCUCGCAAAACAUGAGGUAAAACAUUCAGGAAUCGAUAUCUAAUCUAUGGCCGACGUGUGUGCAAAAUUUUAAAAAAUCUGAGCGUCGCACUUGGGGUACUUCCCUCGACUGAUUUCCCAUUUUCAGCUUUGAGACACGAUUCAAACAAUACAAUACCGAUAAAAAAUGGCGCUUUUACGGCCGAACAAAGGAUAAACAACCCUCACGAACCCAACUGUUCUUCCUGGACCUAAUCCCCUCCUCCGUAUGCAUCCUACCCUUCCACGAUGCCAGUCUCCUAGGUCGAAAAUGCCCAAAGUCCCAGAGGAUAUAA